UUUCAAUGAUCAUGAAGAAUUUGUUGGCUUAUUUUUUGUUUCUAGGAGCUAUUUUCUGUGUAAUUAAGGGAUCUUUCCUGCGUAAUUACCAAAUAGCAAGAGGACGAGACGCGGUAGAAGGUCAAUUUCCUUACCAAGUAUCGAUCGAAGGACUUAGAGACGGAAGCUACAAAAGUUUCUGCGGUGGCUCAAUUAUUUCUCCGAACUGGAUUGUAACAGCUGGCCACUGUUGGUUAGAUAAUACUAAUCCUGAUGUUAGAAUCGUGGCUGGAAUCAUAAAGAUCAGUGAAACUAGUGAAUAUAUGCAAGUUCGAACUAUCGCUGAAUAUUAUGUUCACGAAGAUUAUCAUGGAGGUCCAACUCCCAAUGACAUCAUGGUGAUGAAAGUGAAUAAGCCUUUCGUUUUCAAUGAUAGAGUUAAACCAAUAAAUCUCCCAGAACAAAAUUUUGAAACUAUAGGAGAAGCUCUGACAUCUGGAUGGGGAGUCACAGAUAAAGAACCAGAACCAGAUAAUCUACAAUGGCAAUUAACACAAAUAUCCGACGGCCAAACUUGUUUAGAUCAACUUGGUAAUCAACUAUUUAAUGAAACUACAAAUGUAUGUACCGAAAAUAUUAAUCCAGGUGAAGGAACGUGCUCUGGUGAUUCUGGUGGUCCUUUAGCUCAACAUAGCACAUUAAUUGGAGUAGUUUCUUGGGGUUCUGCAGAUUGUGGUUCAGAUAUUCCAUCGGUGUUUUCUAAAGUUAGCAACUAUAUAGAUUGGAUUAAAAAACAUGUUAGCGAAUUGUAAAAUUAUUUAUUUUAUAUGUUGGAAAUAAAUUAUAUAUUAUAUCUUUG